AUUCAUCAGUCGCACAGCUCUGCCAGCAACAUCAACAGCAUCAGCAUCAGCAACUUUUGCUUUAAUCCCAGGAAUACUCAAAGAAUCUCACCAUGAACUUCUACAAGAUCUUCGUCUUUGUUGCUCUGUUCCUGGCCAUCAGCGUGGGACGAUCGGAGGCCGGUUGGCUGAAAAAGCUGGGAAAGAGACUUGAACGCGUUGGCCAGCACACCAGAGAUGCCACAAUUCAGGUUGUGGGAAUUGCUCAACAGGCCGCCAAUGUGGCAGCGACUGCCAGAGGAUGAAGAGAGACAACAGUCACACCUUAACAUAUUUAAUUUAUUUUCGUAAACUUAAUUCCUUG